CCGUCCCUCCCCUCAGCCCGGCCGCCAUUUCGGGAGCUGUGCGCGGGCGCGCGGCGCCCCCUGGCGGCCCCGCGGCCGGCGCGUCCCGUCCCGGCGGCCAUGAAGUCCGUGUUCGUCACCGUGGGCACCACCAGCUUCGACGAGCUGAUCGCCACCGCCCGCUCCCCGCCCGCGCUGCAGGCGCUGCAGAGCCGCGGGUACCAGAAGCUGGUGCUGCAGGUGGGCCGGGGCUCGCUGCCGCAGCCGCAGCCCAGCAGCAGCUCGGCCGUGGCGGUGGAAGCGUUCCGCUUCAAGGACUCGCUGGCUGAGGACCUGCAGAGCGCAGAGCUGGUCAUCAGCCACGCAGGUGCUGGUAGUUGCCUGGAGACUCUAGAGAAAGGAAAACCACUAAUAGUGGUAAUAAAUGACAAGCUGAUGGACAACCAUCAGCUUGAGCUGGCCAAACAGCUCCACAGAGAUGGCUAUGUCCUCUACUGUAACUGCAGCACUCUUGUGGAGACAUUGCAGUCGAUGGACUUGUCAGCUUUGAAACCUUUUCCUCCCGGACAGCCAGAAAAGUUUGCUUCGUUUUUGGAUAAAGUUUUUGGGUUACAAUAAACAAAACAGAGAAAUAAAAAAGUUGGAGUAAAA